AUGAUUCAAAUAAAUGUUAUAUCAUCAGGGCGAAUAGAUGAUGAUCCACCAAGUUAUAGAGAAACAAAUUUGAAUGAUAGUAGAAUAUUAUUACCAUCAAAUAAAGAAAGUCUUCAUAGAAAUUUAAAAGAACGACAUAUGAUUAUGAUUGCAUUAGGUGGAACAAUUGGCACUGGAUUAUUUUUAGCUUCUGGUCAAGCAUUAGCAUCAUCAGGACCUGGUGGUUCUCUUAUAUCUUAUGUUCUUGUUUCAAUUAUGGUUUAUUUUGUAAUGACAAGUUUAGCUGAACUUUCAACUCAAUAUCCAAUAAGUGGUUCAUUUAAUACAUAUGGAAGUCGUUUUGUUGAUGAAGCAUUUGGUUUUGCUUUAGCUUAUAAUUAUUAUUUUUCUUGGGUUACAACAAUUGCUGGGGAGUUAGUAGCGGCAGGGAUAAUUGUACAAUUUUGGUUACCAAAUAGCCCAAGUGUGGUUUGGUCUCUAUUAGGAAUGACAAUAAUGUUUGUAUUAAAUGCAUUUACAGUAAAAGGUUAUGCAGAAGCUGAAUAUUGGUUUGCUAUGAUAAAAGUUCUUACUGUUGUUAUGUUUAUAAUAAUUGGUAUAUUAGUUGAUAGUGGUGUACUUGGACACGAUAAAAUAGGAAUUCGUAAUUGGAAAAUUGAUGGUGCACCUUUUUAUAAAGGUUUUGGUGGAAUAAUUACAACUUCAAUUGUUUCUGGUUUUGCUUUUCAAGGUACAGAAGCAGUUGGUAUAGCAGCAGGUGAAAGUGCAAAUCCUCGUCGUGAUGUCCCACGUGCAAUGAAUGGAACUAUUUGGCGUAUUAUUUUAUUUUUUGUUGGAUCAAUAAUAAUAAUGGGUCUUGUUAUUCCAUAUAAUGAUCCUAAUUUAGCUCAUAAUGAUGAUGUUAAAAAUGUCGCUGUAUCACCAUUUACACUUGUUUUUAUUAAAUCAGGUCUUAAACCAGCUGUACAUAUAAUGAAUGCAGUUAUAUUAACAACAAUAUUAUCCGCUGGAAAUUCAGGUCUUUAUGUAUGUACACGUGUUUUAUAUGCAUUAGCUAAUGAAGGAAAAGCUCCAAAAAAAUUUGCUUAUUUAACACGAACUGGUAUUCCAAUAUGGUGUCUUGUAUUUACAACAUUUGUAUCAACAGUAUUAUUUGGUUUAUCGUUUAUUGGUAAUAAAAUAAUAUAUCAAUGGUUAGUUAAUAUAACUGGUGUUAUGGGUUUUAUAGCUUGGUUUGGAAUAUCAUUAGCUCAUUGGAGAUUUCGUCGAGCUUUUAUUUUACAAGGUUAUUCAUUAAAUGAUCUUAUUUAUAAAGCAUUAUUUUUUCCAGUUGGACCAAUAUUAGCAUCAUUAUUAAUAUGUAUAUCUGUUUUAGGACAAGGUUAUUCAGCAUUUACAACACAUCCAUUUAAUUUUAGUAAUUUCUUAUCAGCUUAUAUAACAAUACCUGUUUUUUUAGUUAUUUAUUUUGUUUACAAAUUUGUUAAAAAAACACGUAUUGUACCUUUGUCACAAAUUGAUCUUGUUACUGAUAGCAUUAUAUUUCGUCCUAAUGAACGGACACAUAGUUCUUAA